CUGUUCUUAGCACUGUCUUCAAGCGCCACCUAGCGGCUCAUAUAAUUUACAGCGGGACCAAAGUGACAGGCUGGAGAGGAGAGCGUGGGUCCGGUGACUUUGACGAUUAUCAUCAUUUUACAGAAGAAAGUUCACAAGUUCACUCUUCACCAUGGCGUCUCGCUGGCGACACUGGGAUGCUGGUUGCCAUGACAGCAUCCAAACUGUUUCCAAGUACCAAUCCUUGCAGCAUUCCUCAGAGGGGCUCUCCAAUGGACACUACAGCAGUGAUGAGGAACUUGUGGCUGUACCAGUGCCAGGGGCUGGGAGGGGGAGAAAAAGACCCCCAGCUGCAUCAAUAAGACUUCCCAAGAAUCUGGCCUACCCUGAGCCAGAGAAAAAAGUGGCGCACCAGACAUUCCGCCUCUGGGAAAUGCAGGAACGUACUAACUACCCAUCAUGCUCUGCAUCUCCUAACUGUCCGUUGGCUAGUCAGUUUGAAGAUGACUGGAGGAUUCAGGAAACCAAGCAGAUGUUGUGCAGAGUGGGUGUGGGUCGAGGCAGGGGGAGGUCCAAAGCUGAGGUACUUGGGAAGGCUCCAGGCAGGGAAACUGACAAUGGCUUUACUUUCAGUGGCUCCUCAGGUGACUUCAGAGCCUACACAAAACAGUCUGCACUAAAACAGCUUCCCAGCCACGAUGUUAACAGGAAUGACAACGCCAAGGAAAGGGAGUCCAAAACAAAGACUCUGUCUUCAAGUCUGACUUCAGGACUGCUAGCAACAAAACGCCUGUGGACUCCGGAUCCCAAGAAGAGGUGGAAAAAAGACAAGAUAGCACAUCCUGAUAAUGUUGAGGAGUGGCCUGACCUGUCAUCAAAAGGUAGCCCCAGCAGAGGUAAGAAGUCUCCCAGGAAGAGGAAAGGAAAAGGAGACAUGUCUCCACCAGGACCAGGGGCGUCUCCGGAUGUGAGGAGCAGCCCAAAAACUGAUGAUCAGAAGACACUGGAGAAACAACAUGGCAGACAGAGCAAGGAUGGAGGGAAGGAGAAGGAAGUGAUAAAGCCUGCACCAGAUUUAAGUCUUGAAGCUGUGGAUGCUGUUUUGGAUGCAGAAGACUGGAUACGGUUGGACAACCUUCCUCCCGGGGUGCAGUCGCAGGAAGUUUAUGGGAUACUUGAACCAUUUGGUGCCAUAGUGGAAUGCCAUGUACAUCGCCAUGGUGACCAUAGCUCUGCAGUAGUAAGACUUGCUGAUUCAGAAGUAUGUGAGUGGUGUGUCAGCUGUCUCAAUGAAACAGAAUCACCCUUCCCAGGCUGGGAAGGUCCACUCUUUUGCAGUCAUGUGAGGAAUGGAGACUCUGAGGUGCAAUCAUGAUCAUAGUUGUGCAAUGGAAAAACAAUUUGUUGUUUUCCUACCAAUUAUGCUGGUAGAGGUGCUAGUCUACCUAGUAUUCUUCUCAACCACUUAGUAUCUUCAAAGGUAAUCCAGUUUGUGGAUUUUCUCUUGUCUGAUGUGCCUUUCUUUGAUGGUUCCUUGGUAUCUGUUCUAAAUGUUGCUUCAAGGGACUACAUUGUACAUGUAUGUCCGGAGUUCUGCCCACUGUGCCUGUAAAGGUGUGUGUGUAGAUAAGGUGAUUACCUUUAGCCCUAUUGAAGUUGUUGCACUUCAGGACGUCGGACUGUUUUGCUGCAUUUGUUUGCUGCAAUUUUAAGUGGUGCUUUAGAUGGGGACCAGAUUCAGUAGAAUUUUAGACAACAGAAAUUUUAGACAAAAGUUGUUACAUGUUUAUAGAUAGAUCAUUCACGGCAUCAUAGUGGAUUUUAUGGCAGUUGUGAUCACCGUAGAAAUUGGUUGAAUAGCCAGUUCUUGUAGAAUUUUAGACAACAGAAAUUUUUAGACAAAAGUUAUUGCAUGUUUAUAGAUAGAAAGAUCAUUCACAGCAUCGUAGUGGAAUUUGGUGCAGUCAUGAUCACUGUAGAAAUUUGUUGAAUAGUCGUAUUGCGUAAUGCUGUUGACAAUUCUGCAUUUUAACUUUAUAGUAAUGUUACAAUGCUUGUCUUGCUGCAUUUGUUAGCUGCAAUUCAAAGUGGUGUUUUUGAUAGGGACCUGUUCUUAUAGAAUUUUAGACAACAGAAAUUUUAGACAAUAG